CUAAUAGUAAAUAAAUAUAUUUAUAUUUAAUAGUUUUUAAGGCUUAGUGUUUGGUAAAAAAUGAAUGGACCAGGGCAGCAGCGAAGGCAUCCACCUGCACAAAAUGUUCCGUCAUCUCUUCUUACUGAUAGUGAAAACAAAACCGUGUUCCACAUGCUUGGAAGAAAAUGUGUGACUCUUGCAACUGGUGUCGUACAAGUAUAUCUUGCUGAUGGUUCUGGUAGCAAAUGGCAGAAGAGAUGCACAGGAGUUUGUUGCUUUGUCAAAGAUAAUCCCAUGCGUUCUUACUUUAUCCGAGUUUACAGUUUAAAAAAUGAAUCACAGAUCUGGGAACAAGAGUUAUACAACCAGUUUAAGUACAAUACUCCACGUUCAUACUUUCACACAUUUGAUACGGAUGUAUGUGUUUACAUUUGUGUCAUUCGGGUUUUUAGAUUUCAAUAGUUAGCCUAAUCAAUGUAUUGUUCAUUUUUUGCCAUGAAAGUAGUAAUAAAUUCAUUAAAC